UGGCGAUCCGGGACUUCUAUCAUCAGCCAAUGAAAUCUAUAAAACCAUCCAAAUGGUAACCACACUACGCAUUCAUUCUCAAUACUGCUGCAGUUUCAUUCUCUUGGGUUUCUCUGUACAAAUCCAGAAAAGCGAAAUAACAAGAUGGCAUCAGCAGAUUCAAACAAAGGAGGCAGAGGUAAGCCCAAGUCAUCCAAAUCCGUUUCCCGAUCUCAGAAGGCCGGUCUCCAGUUCCCUGUCGGCCGUAUUGCUCGAUUCCUUAAGGCAGGGAAGUACGCUGAUCGCGUCGGUGCUGGUGCCCCUGUCUACUUAUCCGCCGUCCUCGAAUAUCUUGCUGCUGAGGUACUUGAACUUGCUGGAAAUGCUGCUAGGGACAACAAGAAGAAUCGCAUUGUUCCCAGGCAUAUUCAGCUUGCUGUGAGGAAUGAUGAGGAACUAAGCAAGCUCUUGGGGACUGUUACUAUUGCAAAUGGAGGAGUUUUGCCAAACAUUCAUCAGAAUCUCUUGCCCAAAAAGGUUGGGAAGGGGAAAGGCGACAUUGGAUCUGCAUCACAGGAAUUUUAAGGUGUCCUUUAGUUUUGAAAACUUAUAAGAGAUUUUGAAGGACGUUGGCCCUCUUUGGUGAGUUCAGCAAGACAAGCAAUGUUGUCAUGGAUUUGUUUCAAUGGAAGUGUAAGCUUCAUCCUUACAAUUGUGUGAUUGUUAUCAAUUCUUGAUUGUUGACUGAAACGUUGUCCUCUGAGUAAUGAAGAGGCAAUCUAGUCCUCUCCAUUGUUCUGUUGAAAGAAUUUUCCUUUGUUUUUCUUGAACAAAUGAGUGAUUGUUCUUCUC